UGAAGGCAAAAAGCUCAUAAAACACGUACUCACUUCCAGUCUACAGAAUAGUCACGCCUAAGACCUGCUCUUUCUUCCUCUCUCUCGCGCGUCAUCCCUUAAAGCAGCAAACGAGCCUGGUCUCGUUUGUCUGCUUACAGUUCUUUCAAAGCUCCUCCAAGUUCCAGAGCCUUGGGACUGCCAGCACCGCUUCAUUUUCUUUCCUCGUUCGAACAGGCAUGGGAAAGAAGCUUGAUGCUCUGCUUGGUAGAACCUUCAAGACCUCCAAACUAAAUUCCCAUGUCAAUCUUGCUCUCUCUCGCCUCGCCGUCUUUAGGAAAAAGCGCCAAGUCCAGUGCUCCAAUGCCCGCUCUGACGUCGUUCAGCUCCUUGAGCUUGGUCACCAUGAACGUGCUCUCCUUCGUGUUGAGCAUGUUAUCAAGGAACAGAAUAUGUUGGAUGUGUUUGUCAUGAUAGAGAGUUACUGCAAUCUUUUGAUUGAGAGGAUCAAUCUCAUUGAACAAGAAAGAGUGUGCCCCGAUGAACUGAAGGAGGCAAUAUCGAGCUUGAUCUAUGCGGCUUCAAGAUGCGGCGAAUUCCCAGAGCUUCAAGAGAUUCGUGCUGUUUUGACAACUCGUUAUGGCAAAGAGUUUGCUUCUCAGGCUGUAGAAUUACGCAACAACUGUGGAGUAAAUCACAAGAUGAUACUCAAACUGUCAACAAGGCAACCGAGCUUGGAGAAUAGAAUGAAAGUUCUCAAAGAAAUCGCAUCAGAGAACAACAUCGUCCUGCAACUUGAGGAAGCUGCUUCUAUUUCGACUGGGGAAAAUUUGGAUGUGAACAAGAAUAAAAACCAGCCCGAUCCAAACUCACCUGUCAAUUCAGGUAGCACCAAGCUUGGGGAUAAUUCGCAAAUUCCGUCUGAAGUGGUAGAAAAAAAUGAUGGGUUCUCUGAUUCAAUGAAGACAAGAAAAAAAUACAGGGAUGUAGCUGACGCAGCUCAAGCAGCUUUCGAGUCUGCAGCUUAUGCAGCAGCAGCUGCAAGAGCAGCUGUGGAACUCUCUCGGUCUGAACCCCAUAAUCCAGAUGAUCACGAUAGUCCCAGUACUGGACGAGGCAAUGAAAAUCAAGCUGAAGAAAUGAGAAGGAAGAAUGCAGCAGAAUUUAAGAGGUCGAUGUCUACUGCGACUUCAGAUUCAGGAGAAGACAUUGUGAUGAUGACCAGAGUAUCCUCAUAUGAAACUGUUCCGGCCGAUCCUUUCGAAAAGGAACUGCAAUUUGAUGAGAGUGAUAUUGAGACUGAGCAUGAACAAAACCACAUACAAUCUCACAGCCAAAUUCCUUCAGGGUUUCAAACUGGAUUGAAGCUGAAAUCAGUCAUUGGACCCCCAGUCGGACAUGCUGCAGAAGGAUCUGGUAGGAAGAAUGCACGUGGUUUAAACAUAGAGAAGAGGCCAAUAUCGAUGAGGACUAGACAAGUGCGGGGAUACUAAGGAACUUGUCUUACUAUUUUAUGCAUAUCUGUUUGUAAGUUUUGUGAGGUGUGGUACUAAUCUUCUAAGCAGAUUCUAUAUGAACUUUAAUUAGUUUUCUUGAAUUUAUUUUCCAUAAUUGUAAA